AAAAGCUACAAGUGAACAACGGUGAAAAAUAAAAACACAAAUUGUAUGGGAAUCAAAUGUAUAGAAAAAAAGUGUUGCAAAAGAAACUAACUUUAAUAUAAUAAUAAUUGAAUUCUAAAAAUGAACUCUAAAUAGAUUCAGUGAUUUGAAUGGUGACAGUUGAAAUGUAAUAAGUGAAAGAACUAAUAAUAUUUAAUAAAAGAAUAAUAUGCAUAUGCAACAUUAUGAAAAUGUUUAGCAAAAGAAGUUCCUAAAAAGAAAAAGUUAUAAACGAAAAUAUCUUGGAGAUGAUCAUCUCUUCAAUGAUGAAGAAAAAAGACAAUCGUGAAAUUUAGUGGGUAGGUGAUAUCGAGUAUAAUAGUGAUGAUGAACUCGCGACUGUGGGUAAGACGGAGAUGACUACUAAAUCCGUGCCUCGUCCUGAAAACGAAGACGAGGAGGACGAGGAAGAAGAGGAAGAAGAGGAGGAGGAAGAAGAGGAAAUCGACAAAGAUAUUUGUUCGAGUUUACGAUAUCACUGCCACUGAUAUCCUUUCUCUCGUCGCAUCGAUGCCGGUUCCUGUGUCCAUUAAUAGAGAUAUGGGGAGUGUCGUAGGCAGUAACGUAAACAUAAGCAACGUAACGACAAAGAGAAUGGACUCAACGACGUUCCGGCCAGAAGCGACGUCAACCCUCAGUGAGCGGGAGCAACUUAAAAUUGAAUUUUACAAAACUUAUGAUGUUAUGACUGGAGUCAGAAUCGCAGCAACUCUCGGUGGUUUUUUCGGUCUUAUGAUCCUUCUGCUUGUUUAUAAAAGCAGAUGUAAAUCGAGCAAACAAUUGGAGGAUCCAAGAUUGACUGCAGCUGCAGCCGCAGCUGUAGCUGAAGCAGAAGCUGAAGAAAGAGCACUUGCAGCUGCUCUCGAAGCCAUCGCUAGAUUACCACCUAGACCAGAUCGGGGUCCUAGAAGAUCUCUCUGUGUCGAGGUAACUCAAUCUCAUUUGCCAAGAAUCGGUCCGCGUUUUGCAUCGAUUGGAGGUGGCUAUGAAGCUUUAUUAACACCACCAACAAAACAAUCGAAUUUGAUACUUCCUGAAGAACAAAGAAGAUGCAGUUCGGUAACAUGUAGCAGCACUGGGAGUAGUUAUCUCGAAAGAAGAGGAUCUGUGAUGCCAGUACCAUGUUUGCCGCUUCAUUCUACGUUUUCAACUAAAUACACUAUCCAUGAUGAACCCUGGGAUCUUUAUUAUCCCAUUGAUAUUCAAGUAAUUCAACCAACCCCAGAACUUUCUCCAUGCACAAGCGAAGCAGGUCUUUAUGCAAAAGAUGUGAUGAUCAUAGAAACUAACAGUAAAAGAGCACCAUUGGCUUCUAUGGGCAGUGUUGAUCCUCCAGAAGCAGAUUCGAGUUUCAAUCAUUCAAGGUCUCUUGGUUCCGACUCGGUCUUCCUAAGAAACGACGAACAAGAAAAAUGUCUCGACACGGAGGAUGAAGUGUCUGGAUUUUCGACCGAUUCUGAAACAGCCGGGCCAAGUUGUCGACGAUUUCUUCGAGUACCCUCGAAAAAGAAGAAAACAAUUGAAAAAUGGGAUGGAUGUGCUGGAUGUGUUCCUAGACGGCGACCUGGAGGCAAACUUUGUCAAGCUUGUCAUAGUAUUAGUGCAGCUGUUGAAACCUCUAGGUCUCAGGCAGUCUCUACGAGCACCAGCAGUCAGAGUAGCCUCAGUUCUCCUCCGUGUUCACCAGCUAUCGAGCUCAGAUAUAGACCACCACCAACACCAUUACCAUCAAGUCCACCUAUUUGGUCUCAAGAAACUCUCUUUUAAUUCUCUAAAAAUUUGCCGUUUUCAUAAAUGAUCAUAGUAAUCGCACAAAAAUAUCCCUUCUAUAAGGAAAACGAACAAUUAUUGAAAAAAAUGAAGAAUAACUGU